AUGUCAGACAUCUCAUUAUCUACCAUUCAUUCGUUUAUGACACGUUACGAACUGUUCUUUGGUUUGCUCAAUUUUUUUUUCUUUUUCCGUUGUUCUCCGCUUUUCUUUUAUCAGAUCAUAGCGAAACACGCGUCUAUUAUUGAUCUGAUAACGAAGUCUCUCUUCUUCUGCUUCCCGGCACCGUACUCCAGGGAAUUUUUAUUGUUUUAUUUCUUCUUUUUUUUUCAUUUAUUUAUUGAUACAUAUAAAACGUUAUUAAUUUCAUUGCCUGUUAAUCUCUUCAUUUCUUCAUUUCUCUCUUUCGUUUCGCUUACUUUUCUUAUCUCCAUUUCGUUUUUCAUUUAUUUUUCAUUUCAUUUCAAUUCGAUUAAUUUUCCUUUCUCUGUUUCGUUUCGUUUAGUUUUCUUUUCUCCAUUUCGUUUUUAUUUUCGCUCUUCUUCAUUACACUUCGCCUACUUUUCUUUUCACGCUUUCGUUUCUUUUCAUUUUCUUAUUCCGUUUUUAUAUUUUCAUUUUCUGCAUUUUUUUUCCUUAAUUUUCUUUCCUCCAUUUUUUUUUCUCCGUUUUGUUUUUUUUCUUCUUUUUCUUCAUUUCACUUUGCUUAAUUUUCUUUUCUAA